AUGGCCAUUAUUCGUUUUUUAACCGACUUCAAAAAGUUUUGUUUUACAGCUGUAGUGCUCGACCGACAGUUCCUCGGCGAACAAUAUCAGAUGAUUUUGGAGAAGCUGAAAGACUACAUCAAGGACUUAGUGAGAGUUGAACUUAAACACGGCGGACUUGCCGUGCAUUACUAUUCUUGGACUUCGAUCAGUUUCAGGAAAGGUUUUUUGGCCAUCUUCAGUGUAGCAUCGUGCGAGGACACGUGGUCGCUAUUCUCUCGGAUUGACGGCGAAGAGCUUUUGAUGUUCGCGCUGACGGAGGCUGACUGCCCUCGUCUUCCGGUUGACAGCGCCAUAACUGUCACGUAUACUGUAGCCGGUCAAGAGUUGCCGCAAUUAAUUCUAGAUUUGAGAACAAUGAGAGCUUUAGAUUGGAAAUCUGCUGUUAUAUUGCAUGAUGAUGCAUUAAACCGAGACAUCAUUUCCCGCGUAGUUCAGUCACUGACGUCACAAAUCGACGACAGGAUAGCACCAUCGGUGUCGGUAACAGUAUAUAAAAUGAAACACGAGAUCAACGACUAUUCGAGAAAAAAAGAAAUUCACAGGGUGUUAUCUAAACUGCCGGUAAAAAAAAUUGGUGAGAACUUUAUGACAAUAGUGACGUCAGACGUGAUGUUAACACUAGCAGAGACGGCGCGUGAGCUCUUAAUGUCACACACACAGGCGCAAUGGUUGUAUCUUAUACCGGAUACCAACAAACAAAAUAACAAUUUAACCGCUCGAAUUAACAGUCUAUAUGAAGGAGAGAAUGUUGCGUAUAUUUAUAACUAUACAGAUAACCGUCGUCAUUGUAAGAACGGUUUGAUGUGUUACUGUAAAGAGAUGAUGAAGGCUUUCGUAUCAGCGUUGGACUCUGCUGUACAAGAGGAGUUAGAUGUGGCCGCCCAAGUAUCUGACGAGGAAUGGGAGGCGAUCAAGCCCACGAAACUGCAACGAAGAGAUGGGUUAUUGAAGCAUAUGCAGCAACAUAUAGAAACCAACAGUAAAUGCGGUAGCUGUAACACGUGGAAAGCGAUCGCGGCCGACACUUGGGGCGCCACCUACCGACAGUUUGUUGACCCCGCGAAGUCGCUGGAGAGUGAAGCUAACACCACCAAUGGAGUCAUCGAAGAGGUGCAAAUGUUGCAAGUGGGAACUUGGCGACCAGCUGACGGAGUGAGAUUCAGUGACGUGUUGUUUCCUCACGUUGCACACGGAUUCCGCGGGAAGGAGCUACCCAUUAUAACUUUUCAUGAUCCUCCAUGGACCAUGCUGCACGUUAACGAGUCCGGUGCGAUUGUAAGUUAUGGCGGGUUGAUAUUUGAUAUUGUUAAGCAACUCGCAAGGAAUAAAAACUUUACAAUUCGGAUCAUACUGCCGAGCACCCUAAAGCAUAAUUACUCCAAGGCCUCAUCCACGAACACGAUCCACAGCCAAAGUGCCAAGUUAACUAUGGCAGCCGUUGCCAAAGGCCAAGCGGCGUUGGGCGUCGCCUCGUUCAGUGUUCUGCCAGAUCCGAUUCCAGGUAUUAACUAUACUAUAGCAGUGAGUACUCAACCAUAUGCAUUCCUCAUAGCACGGCCAAGGGAACUAAGUCGUGCGAUGCUGUUCCUACUGCCUUUUAGAGCCGAUACGUGGUUGUGCCUUGGAUUCGCAGUUGUUCUGAUGGGGCCUAUUUUAUACAUUGUACAUCGACUUAGCCCGUAUUAUGAGGCCAUGGAGAUUCCACGUCAAGGUGGCCUAUCAACAAUUCACAAUUGUCUCUGGUAUAUAUAUGGCGCAUUGCUCCAACAGGGUGGAAUGUAUCUUCCAAGAGCGGAUAGUGGUCGUCUGGUAGUCGGCACUUGGUGGUUGGUGGUGUUAGUUGUGGUAACAACGUACUCGGGCAAUUUGGUGGCAUUCCUGACUUUCCCCAAGCAAGAGGUUCCAGUGACCACGAUAGCUGAACUUGUAGGAAAAAAGGAUCUUUAUACAUGGUCAAUAAAUAAGGGCUCGUAUUUAGAGAUGGAGUUGAAGAAUUCUGAUGAACAAAAAUACAAAUCGUUACUUAAUGGGGCCGAAUUGACAACUGCAACAGGCAGUGUACAAAGCUAUCGGAGUACAGGAUCAUCCCUCCUCGAGCGGGUCCGGAAUAAGAGACACGUGAUUAUCGAUUGGAAGAUGAACCUGAAUUUCAUUAUGCGAGCGGAAACCGAAGCCACGAAUAAAUGCGACUUCACCGUCAGCGAUGAAGAGUUUAUGGAUGAAAAAGUGGCAAUGAUUGUGCCAGCCGGAAGCCCUUAUCUUCCAGUCAUCAAUAAAGAGUGA